AUGUUUAACACGGUCUCUUCAGCCCUUUCAGGAGACAGCAGUGUGAAUCCGUCUCUGGGCCGGCUGGUGCUGCAGUGUUUGUGCCCCGCCCUGCGGAGCCUGCUCUCUGACGGCCUCAAGCCCCACCAGAGUGAUUUGAUCUCGGGCAGGAGGCCAAACUCAGCCUGGGGACUGGUCCAGGCCUCCACCAGGCCAGGGCCCAGCACUCAGUCCCUGUACAGCCUCCAGGCCAGAAUAGGAGAGCAGCCCCAGCUCCGGCAGAACAAACACAGGUUCAACGCCUUCCUCCUCGGCCUCCUCAACAUCAAGCUUAUGGAUUUCUGGCUGUCCCAUCUCCAGUCAUGCAGUGAUGUGUUGGUGACAUUCUACCGGCCCUCCUCCUUCAUGCGUUUGUCGUUGACUUCCUGCCAGCCUCUGUUUGAGGAGCUCCUCCUCCUGCUGCAGCCCCUCAGUCUCCUGACCCUUAACCUCGACCUGCUCUUCCAGCACCACCACCUGGAUCCAGCCAAUCACAGCCCAGAGAUCCCCAGCCCACCCAAUCAGGACCUGGGAUUCAGGUUCUCGCCCCGAGGGUCCGCUUCCCAAGGCAGGGGCAGCAGCUAUCUCGAGAGCCUAUCAGAGCUGGACUUUGGGAGAGCAGAACCCGAGGCGACCAAUCAUAAUGCGAGCUCGUCGUCCCUGGCCAACUCAGGGGUGGGAGGGUUGGUGGAGUCACUGAAGCCAGCGAGUCUCAGUGUGGGGCCUGCGAAGGUCUCUGGGGGUCUUGCGGAGACAAGUCCUCAGCUGAUGUGGGUUCAGGAGAAAGAAAUUAGGGAGCUAGCACCUCCUAAUGUUGAGGAGGCCAGUCUCUCUCAACAGGCAGGACAGGUGAUCCAGCAGGGGUGGGGGGCUGUGUUACGCUGGAGGGGCAAGCUGGGCCAGAACCUGGCUGAACUCAGCCUGUCUGCAGUACAGAACCAGGAGGGGACAUCCAGAGACCCCCCAGAGCCCCAGACCAGUACCCAGGCCAGGAGUGACCCUCCUCAGGUCGAUGGAGCAUUGGCGGUCCCCUGGGGUUUGGGACGGCUGUUUGGAGCCUCCAAUAACCCCACGAUACCCACACUUCCAACCAGACGUCCGUCUCAGUGGUUGUCUCCAGGGGUGUCUGUUCUGACCCGGAUGGUGAGCAGCAGUUCCAGCGCUAACCAGAGGAGGGCGCUGGAGCCCCAGCAGGUGGAAGAGGUGGUAGAGAGAGAGAUGGAGGAGACAUGGGACAACCCAAGACCCCUCAGGUCAGUCAGAACACUAUGCGACCACUCUGGCACAGGGGCGGAGCUAAGCUUCCAGAAAGGGGAGGAGUUAGUGGUUUUAGGGGGUGUCGAUCACGACUGGAUUCGCUGUCGUCAGGGAGACCGAGAGGGGCUCGUACCCAUUGGCUACGCCUCACUGAUCCUGUGAUUUCAGACACCUGAUCAGAGUUUUGAUUGUUUGAAUAUAUCUGGGGGAGGGAAAAUUAAGUCAUAAAGCUAUAGUGUAUUUUGGCAACCAUAGAGAGGCUGUGGCGAAGUCCCAAUGCUCUCAGAGAAAUAGUUCACCCCCGAAUCUAAGUUCAAAUCACAUUUUUAUAUCUCUAAAGUGGUCCAAAGUCAUAUGUCAGGGUUCCCCAACUGGCGGCCCAUGAUUUUAUUUGGCCCCCAAGUUUUCUGAGCAAAGGGUUAGGGUUACUUGUUGGACAUAAAAUACUAAAAUCAGUAAAUGUUGGAAAUCUGUUCCAAAGUAUUCCCACACAUAGAGAUGUGAUUGUUUACAAAUCUAAGCAAGGUUUGAAAUGAUUAUAUUUUAGUCAAAUGUUAUAUCUGUUUGGGCUUCUUGCGGUCAAUUUGCAUCUACAAAUGAUUAGUGAUUAUGUUCCAGCCCCCUGACCAUCCGUGGCUGAAUCUAGUUGAUGAUCUCUGGUCUAAGUGAUUUAGUUCAGUCCUUAUGCCACACCAUCUGUUGUGUAGAUCCCACUAUAUGCACUGGUAGAAAUCUGCAAAACUCAAUCCCUAAAGAACGGUACCAUCUAAUGCCAUCUAAUUAGGGGGAUUUAAUGAAGAUUUAAUUUAGCUCACCAGAUGGUGUGGAAUAUGGACCCAGCACGACUUCAGACCACUUUUGAAGUGUGAAAACUUCAGACAAACACUUAUCUUGGUGUGGACUAUCCCUUUAAAUGUCCUGCAUUCAUCAUCUCUCUUGGUGACCACUGAUCUGAGAAGGAUAAAGGUUUGUAGAAUUCUAUUCAUAGGUUGCACCUCAGUCACAUGAUGCCAAGCAGCCAUCGGCGGUGCACUAAAGUGGUGAUAAGCCCAGUCGACUAAGUCUAAAUUACAAUAUAGUGCCUGUGGAAAUACGGUGACGUUGCUAAAGUAGUCAAAUAUGUAGUAGGAAACAACUUUCCCAGCAUGAUCAUGUCGUCAAAUGUACUUUAGACAGAUGGCAACGUCAUCAUCUAGCAAAAAUAGCUAGCAAAGCUGACGUUAGCUAGUCACAUUCAGGUGGCCUCCCCUCAAUUUAAGCUAGUUAGCUAAUGUUAUACUGCAUCUAAAGUCUAUCUGGUGACAUCAAAAUGAUGACGAAAGAUUUUCCCAAUAAUUAUUUGACUGUUUUUGAAUUAUUGUAUUUCCAGGCCACUGAAAUGCACUUUCGAUGAAAUCUUCCUCCGCGCUUAUUGACGAUGCAUUGCGUAGAAUGCUCAGUCGGGCAUCAGUCCAAACGAACGUUAAAACAAUAUUGUGAUGAAACAUGCAACCAAUGCAUUCAGCUUAUCCAGACACUUUCAGAUCAGCAGUCACUAUGGGAAGAUUUAUAGCCUGGUAGCCAGGUUUCUGCUCUAGCCAACUCCUUAGUCUCAGACCCAGACCUUGCCGCCAGGCUAACCGGUGAAGGGAGCCAUGGUAGAGUAUUGGAGCGUAGCCCCUGUUACGUAACGUAGUACCAUAGUGAAAUGUAGCUGUUUUCUGUGUUCUAUUUGACCUUUCACCCCUAUUGAUCUCUCACCUCUUUCGCUUGGUCUGUGUGUGUGUGUGUGUGUGUGUGUGUGUUUGACAUGUUCCCACUUCAAUUAAUAGUCAGUUUAAAAAGGAUAACUAUUUGACUGUAUAAAUAUACAUACAUAAUAUAUAGGUAUAUGAAUAUAGAUUAAUUUAACCGAGAUAGAUAGAUAACCAAGAGAAAACAGAUAAUCAAACGUUACUAUAGAUAAGGUUGAUCAUGAAUCAAAUUGAUAAGUGAUCUGGCCUUUUAUCCCCAACUCACCAGUCACUACUCUGUAGUCAUUAUACACACGGACAGCUCCAGUGUUUUUGUCAAUUAUUGGAAUCCAGUGGCUUCAUCUUAGUGUGUGUUGUAUGCAUUGUCUUGACUUCAUAUCUUCAUCAUAACCUGAUAGAUUUAGUCUCAUACCUUUACACUGUAUUUAUUGUAUAAUGAAUGCUUUGAGUGAAUGCAGCAGGGUUGGGCUCAAUAUGGCAGUCAAUUCAGGAAGUAAACUGAAAUUCCAAUUUGAUGAUUGAAAUAGGGGCCUCUGUUUUUAAUGACUUCUUAAUGAAUUGAAAAGGAGAAGCUAUUUAUGUUUUUUAAUUAGCUGAUUUUAAAUUCAAAUCACUUCCUGAAUUGGCAGCCUUCAAUUCGAAUUGAGCCCAACCCUUGAAUGCAGAAGAGUAUCUAUCUAUAUGACACAUAUCUAUCUAAAGGACAUUCAAGUAUCCAACAGUAUAUAAGUAUAACUGGCAUAGCAAUGCUGUAACUUCAAUCAGUCCACACCUCUUAAACCUCACUAACACAUACUACUCCGUGCUUAUGGAAAUAUCAAUGCUUUGAGACAGACAGAUAAACAGACAGAUGAACAGACAGAUAAACAGAUGAACAGACAGAUAAACAGAUGAACAGACAGAUAAACAGACAAACAGACAGAUAAACAGACAGACAAACAGACAGAUAAACAGACAAACAGACAGAUAAACAGACAGAUAAACAGACAAACAGACAGAUAAACAGACAGACAAACAGACAAACAGACAGAUAAACAGUCUGAGGGACUUGAGACCUGUCUCUUUCUACUCAGCCCAGGGAUGAUCAACUCUAGUCUGGUUACUUUUCCUUUACCUCAUAGAUCAAUUAGUAUCUUUGAUUCCCCAGAUAUUUAACUUGACUGGUUACCUGGGCGUUACUAAGUCUGACUACAAGUUAAUUCAAAAGGCUACUGAGACCAGUAGACAAUGUGGGUUUCCAGGGCCAUAGUUGUACGUUCCUGACCGAGACUAUCCAAGCUUUCAGAUGAAGCAGUAAGCUACUUCCUGAUGUACCGUAUGUAUAUGAAGAUACCACGACUGUCAAGCCUAUGUGUUUGAGGAAGAGGCUGCCCUUCCCCCAACCGUACCUCAGCUCUCAUAUGUUCCUUCUUUCCCUACCUGUCAUGCUAACCCGUGUAAGGUCAUCAUUUUAAUACCGUAGUAACGAUGGUGGUAGUAGAAUAACGUUAAAUUAAUCAUGUUUAUUACUAUGUUUAUCUUCUGAUUUGGUUGGUAGUUAUUCUGUAGGCUUGGUAAUGAUGAUGCAUAUGAUGUACUUCUCAAAGGCUUCUGGUUUAAAGGAACUGUUUGUUUGCUGUUUUUUUUGUUUUGUCACUUGCGGGUGACAUGGCGCUUCUUGAAGAGUUCAGGUUACUUGAGGAAUGAAGAAUAAAACAUAUUACCCAUAAAUUCAAAUUCAAUGGGAAUAUCGCUCUUUUGAUUGGUCAGAAAAAAUAUAAAAGGUUACCAUGCCAACAAGCCAAGUGGUGUAGCACAGGGUUAGUGUCCCUAUGACAACCCUAUGACAACAUUAGAUUGGAAACAUUGUAACUUUGCAAUUGCAUUACACAGGCUACUUUACCAAAUCUUCCACCAAAUGCAAUGGUAUGGCACUAGCUAGUAUGUCACCAACCUAACUAACUAAUCCAAAUCGCUGCGUGUCUCAAGACAAUGUGUAGCUAGAAUAGAUGUUUACCAACCGUGGAGCCACUGUGUGUCAUGGCCAGUCACACUAAACCCCUGGUUUUCUAAAGGCUUUAGCUGGGUCACGGCAUCAAAACAAGCUAGACAACUACUUUCUUAGGCCUGUAAAUUGACAUGAAUCGUUUUAGAGCUAUCUAUAAUGUAUUUUAAUUACAGCUUGUAGUAAAUUAGGCUGUAUGAGGGAGGAGCUAGUUAGUGUCAGCAAGGCCCACCAUUCAAUGUGCCAUGCCUAGAUGCAGGUGAAGGGUAAACCUAACUUCAGGAAAUACACAUGGUCUGUGAUGGUAACAAUCUCAGUAUGUUGACAUGGAUUUUAUAGUUAUUUUUUGUCGUUGAUUCGGGUAUAUUUUCCAUUGUGUGAGAUGAUCCAUGAUAAAUGCAUUGAUUUGUAUGAAAAGCUGUACAUUUAUUGGAUGUGGUAUUUAUUGACCCUGGAGUCCCUGAAAGGUAUAUACCUCUGUUGUAUUUGUCCCCUCACGUCUAUCUCUCUAUCUAUCUGGGGUUUUGUGUGUAUCACAGGAGGUUGGUUGCACCUUAAUUGGGGAGGACGGGCUCGUGGU